AAUGUUCCUCAAUUCCAACAUGGCGGACAGCCCUCCGAUUUGGUUUGCUGUUCUGCAAGCCAUGAUUACUGACACUGGAAAGGAUGAUGACUUUCUUUCAGCUCAAAUGAAAUGGAAAAAGCCCUGGAAAAAAGUGCUUUACGAAGACCAAGGUGUUCCAGACAACUAUGUGGACAAGUCAUUUCUCGAAGAAAUGAAGAAAAAUUUAAAUACAAGAACUUAUCAGUUCUGGUCGGUGGUAUUGGAAUCAGGGGCAGUAUCUCAGCAAGUAAGCAGUGUUUGCAUAUUUGUGGCGGCAUUUGUGUACAUGGACUUUGGACUCCUGUCACCCUCUGUGCUGUUUGCUGUCUCCUCUAUGUUGACACUGCUUGGUUACGUACUGUUUGAUGCUUUGGAUGGAGGAAGAUUGAGAUCCGCAUCGAAAAGAACAAGAUUAGAUGACCUCAAGAGUAGUGUGGUAGUUCUUGGCUCUGUGUUUGCAUUGUCUCCAGUUUUGAAGACUUUGACUGAUUCCAUUAGUACAGAUACAAUUUAUGCCAUGACAGUAAGUACUGCCAAGAUAAGCCUAGGGUAAUUACUUAAAAUAAUCUUUAGCCAUCUUUAAGAACUUAUUACUCAAGCUGACAUUAAUAAUCAUUUGAUAACAAUUAUUAGAAGUAACAACAACAUACCUGUUGUUUGUUAAAUUGGUGGUGUAUUCAAUAAU